GGACCGGAACCGGAUGUGGCAACAUGAGUUUAGGUUUGAACCGAACUGAACCAAAAGUCAACAAAGCAAACACAAACUCUGAGCGGUUGUUACACGGAAGAACCUGACAGACGAGGAUGGUGUUAUAGUUCGAAAGCCUGUAUGAGAAACAUAGCGUUGAACAAUUAGCCAAAGAUAGUAAACAUCCGCUAAUACUUGCGCCAUGAAUCCAUCCAAUCCGUUUGGAAGUCCACAAGGUGGAGCUUUCCAGGCCCCAAGUAACACAAUGAAGGCUGGUUUAUUCCCAUCAUUUGGACAGCAAAGUUCUAGCAAUCAGCCCCAACCUAUGGGCUUUUUCCAACCAUCAGCGUUUGGACAACCUUCUGCCUUAAAUCAGCCCCCGUCUCAAGGAAAUGCCAUCUUUGGACAGACCCCUGCCUUUGGACAGACAUCAACACAGCCUCCCUCGCAGCCAACAAUCAGCCAGGCUCCAGCAUUUGGACAGCAAGCGUUAGGAAUGAGCAGCUCAGGCUUUGGAAGUGGCACUGCACCAGCUUUUGGACAGACUGCUGCACAGAACCAGAGUUCACCUUUUGGACAGACUGCUGCACAGAACCAGAGUUCACCUUUUGGACAGACUGCUGCACAGAACCAGAGUUCAGCUUUUGGACAGACCGCCACACAGAACCAGAGUUCACCUUUUGGACAGACCGUGACACAAACCCAGAGUUCACCUUUUGGACAGACCGCCACACAGAACCAGAGUUCACCUUUUGGACAGACCGCCACACAGAAUCAGAGUUCACCUUUUGGACAGACCGCCGCACAGAACCAGAGUUCACCUUUUGGACAGACUGCCACACAGACCCAGAGUUCAGCAUUUGGACAGACUGCCGCACAGAACCCAAAUUCAGUCUUCGGACAGACAUCUUCUUUUGGACAGGCGUCUGCUUUUGGGCAGGCUCCGGGAUUUAGCCAACAGCCCUCUGCGUUUGGAAACUCCCAGAUGUCUGGCUCCACCACUACCAUAGGACAACCUCAGCCCCCGGGUUUUGGACAGUCUGUGUUUGGACAACCUUCAUCCACAAGUGUCACCACCAGUGGAUUCGGCACCACUCCGAGUGUGACCCAGAGCCGAGAAUUUGGAUCAUCCAAAUCCACGUUCAAGCCAGCCAAUGAGGCACUUUUCAAACCCAUCUUCAGUGCCAGCCCCGAGCCUGCUAACCCCCAAACUACUGCUAUGACCAGCUCACCUUUUGGCAGCACUGUGUCCCAGACAAGCUCCAGCUCCAUGGGCAGCAGCACCCCCGCCUCUGUCUUCUCUACGACGACUGGAGCCCAGCCUGGGCCGCCGGGCUUUAGCUUCUCCCAGCCGGCUGCAGCCCCCUCCAUCACUACUCAAAACAAUCCCCUAACAACUGACACUAGCAACGCUCCUUCCAACCCGCUGAAGUUCACCUUCUCCCAGCCAGCCGCGCCCUCCAGCUCCAGCACUCAGGCGUCUACCACCGAGCCCACCACCCCAUCCACUUUCAGCUUUUCAGCCACAUCCCUCCUGCCCCAGGCCGCACCACUUUUUGGAGGGACCAAUUUUGGUCAGCCCCCCGCUUAUAGUGACACCAGAGCUGAGGCAGAGGAAAAGGGGAGCAAUUUAGGAGAAACAAAUGUGUUUGCACGACUUGGCAAAGGCACCAAACGAAAGGAAGAUCUAACGGCCCCCAGCACCGGUCCCGAGAAGCCUGCAACAGGAGAGGAGGGGGAGGAGGAAGAGGAUGUCCAUGGAAGAGAUUCACCGAGGCAGCCUUCAAAGAGGCCCCUCAUGAGGUCCCGCGGCCCACCAGUUGGCUUAUUUGGUAGGGCACUAAACUGUCUUCGUAAAGAUACUACCCACCCUGUGAUGCGAGAGGCCACAAAGGAGACGGAGAGCGUCCAAGCUCAGGCUGACGAACGUGCUGCUACACCCCCCGCAGUGCAAGCACCAGUCAGAGAUGAGCUGGAAACAGCUGAGGAGUCAGACUUACCCAAAGCCCCAGACUCGGCCCCCGGCGGCGUCACCACCCCUGUGAGACGCGGCUCCCGCAGGGAUAGCACGGAGAGCCUGGGGGGCAUGUCCCCCUCCGACUGCACCGUCCUGCAGUGCAGGAACGUUCCUCCAGCCCUCAACAAGAAGGAAGUGAUUGAGAAGCAUUUUGGUCGUUUCGGGAAAGUCCGAAAGGUUUACUGCCGACCCGGCAAGAAUCUGGCCAUCGUUCACUUUGAUGAUCAUGCAUCAGCAGCAAAGGCAAAGAAGAAAGGCAAACUCCUGCACAGACAUGAACUCCUCCUCUUGUGGCAGAGAAAGAAGCAGAGUCAAGGGGACAAAGGGAGCAGAGCUACAGCAGAGAGAGGGGAGGCAGAGGGGGGGAGUCAGGAGGACAUGGAGUCCAAAGAUGUUUCCUCCCCCCUCAGGAAGGCUGCUCACAGAGGUCCUACAAUCAGCAGCCUCAUGUCCUUCAGCCGCAGUUCUCCUGUGAAGAAGUCGUCAUUAGCCAAAGCUCUGCAGUUUGACACAGAGCCGCAGAAAGAGAGCAGCUCAGAGGCCCCGGGGUCUGAGCGCCCCGUCCCCUCCUCCCUCCUCCACCUCAUGGGACAGCUGGCUCCCACCGCUGAGGACAAGUUCCGCCUGCUGGAGCAGCGAGACAAGAUCCUGCGCCAAGGUCGGCCCCGGAGGACGGACCUGGUCCUCUCCAAGGUGUUUGUGGGGACGUGUCCCGACAUGUGUCCGGAGAAGGAGAGGUACAUGAGGGAAACACGGAAACAGCUGAGCGUCUUCGAGGUCUUCCCAGAAACUGAGAUGGUGGAUCACUCGGCAGCCAUCAAGGAGUACAGCCGGUCGUCAGCGGACCAGGAGGAGCCCCUCCCCCACGAGCUGCGGCCCCUGCCUGUGCUCAGUAUGACCAUGGACUACCUGGUGUCUCUGAUCAUGGACCAGGGCCACGACAACUACCGGGACUGGUACGACUUCCUCUGGAACAGGACGCGCGGCAUCAGGAAGGACAUCAUCCAGCAGCACCUGUGCUGCCCUCACACGGUGUCUCUGAUUGAGAAGUGCACACGCUUCCACGUGCACUGUGCCCACCACCUCUGUGAGGAGCACAUGUCUACUUUUGAUGCCAAAAUCAACAACGAGAACAUGACAAAGUGCCUGCAGAGUCUCAAAGAGAUGUACCAGGACCUGAACACACGUAACAUCUACUGCCCCCUGGAGGCCGAGUUCCGUCUGUACAGCGUGUUGGUGAAGCUCAACGACGGGGACAUCCUACGUGAAGUCCAGCAGUUCCGUGACGAGGUGCGUAACUCCCCCGAGGUGAAGUUUGCCGUGCAGGUUUUCACUGCAGUCAACAGCAACAACUUUGUGCGCUUCUUCAAGCUGGUGAAGGGAGCCUCGUACCUGGCCAGCUGCCUCCUGCACAGAUACUUCAAUCAGGUCCGAGCUAUGGCCUUGAAGAUCAUGAACACGGCUCACACUGUGGGUCCACGAGCCACCGCGUUUCCAGUGGAGGAUUUAGUUCGGAUGUUGAUGUUCCGCACCACUGAAGAGGGAACGGACUUCAUCCAGCAGUACGGCCUCAACGUCAACGAGGGUAUGGUAGAGCUGAGUCGGAUAGCCUUUCAGGAGCCAGAGCUGCCUCUGUCCCAGAAGAAGUCGCCGGUCAUCCUCGCAAAGAGAAGUGUGCUGAUCGGAGAGGUGGUGAACGGAGGCCCCCUCCCUAACCCCCCCCAGCACACCCCCGCCUGCAGCUUCGACCCCCAGAACAAGUACAGAGGAGAGGGCCCUCUGGCUGAGCCCACACAGAGCCAGUUCAAAGCUAUUGCAGCCAAGGUGGAGGUGAAGGCCCCCCCCAGCGUAGAGUUUGUAGCGCAGGUGGUUCCGGAUGUGGCCGCCAUGUUUGGGUUCCCUCCAGCUGGUCCUCCUGAGGUGGUGCCACAGUAUCACAGCCCGGCCCCCCCUGCAGACGCCCAGAUGUUCCAGCCCAUAGCCCAGCCCCAGCCUGUCAAACCCCCGUCACCUCCACCCAAACCUCAGCCCGUCUACAGCAACGAGGAGAUCGUGGCUGAACUGGACAGCGUGGUGGAGGAGGUGGUUGGAGCAGCAGUGAUGGAGGUGGCAGAGGCCGGAGCCAGCUACGCCACUACAGCUCUAAUGGAGAGCGGUGUGCAGGUGGAGUCUCUGCUGGGCGAGGUGUUGGGACAGAUGCUGCAGGACGUCUCCUCCACAGAGAUCAGGCUGGAGCAGCAGCGUGUCACCGAGGAGAAACGGAAGCUGGACGAAGCCAGGAGGAAGCAGGAGCACGAGGCCUUCCUGGUCGACUUCAGCUUCUCUCUCUGCUCAGAGCUCAUCUAUGAAGUUCUAGAUGAGACCAUCAAGGAGACGGCCACCUCUGAGAUCAAAGAGGCGGUGAAUGAAAAGGCUGACCGUGUGGCUAAAUGCACGGAGCAGGUGUGCACCUCUCUGGUUGAGGACACUCUGGAUGCAGACAUUGCUCGGUUGGUUGAAGCCAUCCUUGAAGAUGAGCUGCAAUGCAUCCACAAGUACAUCAAGAGGUGGCGUGAUGUGGUGGCGGUGCGUCGGCAGCUGAAGAGACAGAUGAGAGGUUUCCCUGCGGCCCCGUGCUGUGUGGACCCUCGGUUCAAACUGAAGGCUCUGGCCCCCAGCGCCCCCGCCCAGCCCUCCAUGGCUGACCUGGCCCGAGGUGUGGUCGACCUGGGAAACUCCGGCACGCUGGCCCUCUCCAGCACCAGGUUGCUGAAAAUGAGAGAAGAAGCGAUCCACCAGAUGAGAGUCCACUUCUACUACCAGCAGCUGCUUGAUCAGUCAGUGUGGGCUCCACUCGACCUGCCGGCACUGGUGACAGAGAAUAUCCCCAACCCACCGGAGAGAAUCUUCUGGAAGGCUGUGCUCCUCCUACCCAGCGACCAUGACAAUGAAACCAGCCUGGCAGACCGGAUCCUGUCAGAUUGGCUGGAGGUGAAGCUUGGUGGGGGUAAAGACUCAGAGGGGAGGGAUGAGCAGCUGGACGGCGCACUACAGACCCUCUGUGUCACCAACACACUCCAGGAUAGAGGAGAACACACCCACAAAGUUCACAUCAGCAUCAAGGCAUCCCGGGGCCCUCUGUCUGAGGAUGGCCUGUCCAAAGCAGAGGGGCUCAGUGAGCUUCAGGGGACAGCCGCUCUGAUGGUGCUGCUCCCCGCCAUGCCCCUCACGGAGCAGGAGGAGCAGGACAUCCCCCUGCUCUCCGCCCUGCUGCAGCUCAAACAGCUCCAGCAGGCCAAAGGGAGCUGGCACUGCCCGCUGCCUCUGGCCGUCCUGGUGCCAGGGCCGGCCGGGGGCCCCGGGGACACACAGGAAAUCGAAGAAGCCCUGAUGCUGCACACACUGGUCCAGGAAGGCCUGAUCUCAGAGUUCACCUUCUUCUUCAUACUAGAGACCACCAGUGAGCUGCAGGGAACCAAACAGCUGAGCCAGGCUACACGCUGGCUGCUGGCCCGUGCCCCCCCGCUGCUCCCUCUCUCCUGUCAGACCCUGGUGCAGCUGGUGGAGGACACGCUGAGUCGUGAGUUCAGCCCCAGAGUCUACGCCCACCACCAGGAUCGCGCCGCUGCCCUUCUCCCCUCCCAGGAGCCAGCGCCUGUCAUCCAGCUGUACAACGCUGUCCUGGCUCACCUUGCUGACAAAGUGUCGUCUCCGGACCUCAGCAGACUCUCCUGGCCCCCGGGCGAGUUCUGCCUGCAGGAAUCCCAAGACUUUGUCCCUCAUCUGGGCUGGAACUCUCCCAAGCACCUGGCCUGGCUCCGAGAAGCCAUCCUCAGCCUGCAGCUGCCCAAGUGGGAGCAGAUCUCUGCCACAGACUCGUGGCCUGAGCUCUGCGCCUCCAUCUUCCACUUCUCCGCUCAGAUCCCAGUCUCCCGCCGCAGCCAGCCCCUCCUGAUGUCCCGGCUGGAAAACCUCCUGGAAAGGGUCAGGGUCAAGGGUCACCGUACCCGAACCUCCAGAUCCAACCGUGGCGACGAGGACGUGUGUCCGACCUUCAGUCAGAUCCCUUGGGACGACAUUCUGGUGAUCUGCAUCGACCACAAACUGAAAGACUGGCAGAUCCCCGAACCCCCGGUCUGUGAAGAUGCUGUUACAGACGAUGGGGAGAUCCUGGUUUACCUCCCCAUUGAGACCCUGAAGGGGUUCAGGCCCCCUGGGGAAUGGACUGAGGUCAUCAGACAAACACACAGAGAGAAGCAGCAAGAGGAGGAAGGGGCGGGUGCAGCUGUGAGUGCCCCCCCCAGCAGUCUGUCCAUCAGACAGAGGUUGUUCGACAGUCUGGCCCCUGAGACAACAGCAGCCCCUCUGGACAUCACCCAUACUCCCACAGCAGGAGAGCUGCUGGCCCACAACGUCCUCCAGAGCUUAGAGAGGGAGAAGGCCGCGAGCCAAAGGAGCAUGGAGCAGCUUCAGCGCUGGCUGGAUGGCGACGACUUGGACCAUUUGUCCACACCGCUUUUCAUUCCCUCCUCCACCCUGUUGUCCAUGCCCCCAACCAUAACACGUGGGGACUCAGCCAAGACCCCAGAUGACCCUCUCACACAGCCUUCAGAGCCUGAUGAUCUGUCGGACAAAGUGGACUCGCCUAAAACCACGCCUGUGUCUAUGUCAUGGCGAAUUAAGGAACUUGAGCGACAGAUUUUGGCGAGUCAUGGGGAAGAACUGGCUUGGAAACUUAAGCUGAGUGGUCUGCUGAGCAUUGUUGAUGACUGAUGAACUAUUGGAAGGAAAAUACUAAUAAUGACUCUAUGGCUUUGCAAACCAUUGAAAGCUGAGGACACAUUACAUUUUUGUCUAGUCUUUGUUUGUAAAAGUGUAUAAGUAGAUCAACAUUUUAUUUUUGGUUUUAUUAUGUACCAUAGAUGUUGCAAUUUUAAAUGUCAAUGUGUGUUUGUCUGAUACAUAGAACUAAUAGUGUUUAUGAGUGUUUCAAAUGUGUGGCUUGUUUGAACCAAAUGUUGUACUGCUGAGAAAAAAAAAUUAGUAAAAGUGUUAUUUUCAAAUAAAUUUCCCAUUGUG